AUGAUCGCAACUCAACCGGAAUACCGGCGUCAGGAGUCCAUUGGGACGGGUCGUAAAUUGGUCAAGAAGCAGCCGUCGCCAUCCCGCAGGCGGUCGGAUUCAUUCUCGGGGCCAACGUCGCCAAUGGAGUCCGACAAGGAAAAGAAGUCCAAGUUUAGGCUUUCCAACCCCUUUUCGUUUUCGUCUUCGACCAAAGAAAAGGAAAAGGAGAGGGUCAAGGACAAGACUGGCAGCAAUCCAGCAGAACAGUCCGUAUCGACUGAUUCGGCAUAUGGCAGCGGAGGCAGCCUACCAAAUCCGGCAACAUCCACGACGGUUGCUCCGCCAAACAACGCCUCCCUGCCCUCCGACACUACCCCUAGUACCAGUGCUGGAACGAUCCCCACGCGAGGGAACGGCCUCCUCCAGCCGCCGUCGACUCUCAUCACGCCCCCAACACCCCCGACACAGCCCGUCUCCCAGGUCGCCCCGCCGGCACCGUCCACCACGGCCGCCACCCAAGGCGAGCCCAUCACGCAACAGACCUACCAUGAUGCGCGGACGGGAAACACGGUCACGACGACGACUACAACCACCACCACCACCACCACUACUACAGGACCCAGCGGGUCUACGACGGUCCAGAUGCCUUCAGCGGCGAGCGAUAGCCCGUCACCUCCGCCUGCUCAUAUCACCAACCGCACAGGCUCGGACCCUCCUGCACCUGCACCGCCGCAGCCGGGAAUGCAGGCCCCAGUGCCUCUUCCACCACCUCCGAUCGGCCAGGGUUCAGCCCAGUCAUCGUCAGCAUCCUCGACCUCUGCGGCGGCUGUCACAUCUGCGGCCCACGAGGGGGAGGGCAGUGGACUAUCCCCGCCCGUACCAAACAGGAGCAACAUCCGGAACCGAGUGGAGCUGUCUGCGUCGCCGGGCCAUGAGAAGAAGAACCCGAUGACGGUGUCACCAAUCGAGGAGGAAGCCUCCAUCUCCACCAACGAAUCGUCCCUAGAAUCCGAUACCAGCACGGGGCUGCAGCCCAGGCCCCUUUUUGAUACGCAGGGGCCUUCAAACCGGGAACAGGCCCCGCCCCUGCCGCCCAAGAAGCCUUUGCAGCAAAAGUCAACCUUGAGCAACCUGAAGAAUGCAGCGGUUGGCAUCCAUGGCGUCGCCGAGACUCUCCGCGGGACCAUAAACGACGCCGUAGACAGACGCUUUGGUGACGAUGACAACUCAAGGAUCAAGAACCAGGCUGCCAUCGAGACGGGGCGGGCUGAGAUGGCGGCCGCGAGGGAAAAGGGACGGCUACGUCAACUACAGGAGAAACAGCAGGACGACAACAGCGCGUCUGUCCAUGUCGAGCCCGACGCUGACGAAGGUUACUACCAUACGUCGAGCCACGCCGCCUGUCGACAGGGCUCGUUCGGAGAGGCCGGGGCCAUGAGCGCCAGCACCUCUAGUGGUGGCACCCCCAGCAGCAUGGGCAGCGCGAGCAGUGGCGGACAUCCUCUGGCCGGUCAGGGGGCGACGCCUGUUGUGUACGACAACGGUGGCGGGGGAUCUGGCUCUCAGGGUGGUCUGGAGAGGGGCAAGGGGAGACUGGGCAGCUUUUACAAGAUGAUGAGGCAUGGGCCGAUGAGUGCGGAGGUGAUGCCAGAAAGACGAGACAGGGACGCCAGGUUGAGCGUGGUGAACGAGUAA